AUGAUUGCAAAUAUGUACGGGCCUUUAGAAGGAAGAAAACACGAUGUCGGUAUGUUGGCAGAUUCCGGACUGCUUAACGAUCUACAGCGUUUUGCAUUUUCUUCCACUGGUCAACCCAUGUGCCCCUAUGGAGACCCAGCAUACCUUCUUCGUGUCCACUUGCAAACUCCUUUCAGGAACGCAGUUCUAACUCCUGAUAUGCAAGCCUUCAAUUCAUCCAUGAGUGCUGUGCGUGAAUCACUGGAAUGGCUUUUUGGGGACAUUGUCAAUUAUUUUAAAUUUAUGGAUUUCCAUAAGAGUUUAAAAAUUGGUCUAAGCUCUGUGGAGAAAAUGUAUAUUGUCAGUGCUCUCCUUCGCAAUGCCCAUACUUGCUUUAAUGGAAAUCAAACUUCAGAACAUUUUAAUCUGGAGCCCCCAACCCUUGAAGAGUGUUUUGUUUAG